GACAUUUGCCCCCCCCCUCCCCCCCCCCCUUUUGGUUCGUCUGAGUAGCAGAUAGUGCUUCAAGGCUUUCUUGUCUACGAUCCACAGUUCAAAUCGAGCCCGUUUUCUGCGCCAGUUUCAAGCACCACUAUAAUUUAUACUUCGCUACGGACAAUCAGAGGAGAUGGUUUAUAUUGGAAUCCCCAAGAAUUAUACGCAGUCGCCGUCUUCGUUCCCAGCGACGUCUCUGACCAUCAAUCAUGAGGCCACCCAUGAUCUCGACUCCACCAAUGCCUUUGAAGGCCCCGAGAAGCUCCUGGAGGUCUGGUUUGCCCCGUCGGCCGACGACCUCGGGCCCUCGAACCCCAAGGGCUUGAAGGCCGUGGCGGAGGAGAUUUGGAAGGAUAUGCUGGACAUUGUCAACUGCCAGGUGCUGUCUAUUGUUUCGUCUGAGGAUGUGGAUGCCUAUCUCUUGUCCGAGUCCAGCAUGUUUGUGUGGCCCCACAAGUUGAUCCUCAAGACUUGCGGCACCACGACCCUGCUCUCGGGCUUGCCCCGCAUUCUUGAGAUUGCCGCUCUGUUUGGCGGUUUCCCCAAAUCUACAGCGCCUGCGUCCCGUGGCAUUACCGUUGCAGCGGCUCCCUACCGUGUUUUCUACAGCCGCAAGAAUUUCUUGUUCCCUGAUCGCCAGCGCGGCCCUCACCGCAGCUGGAGAGACGAAGUUCGCUCUAUGGACAAGCUUUUCUUGAACGGGAGCGCCUACAUGAUUGGCAAGAUGAACGGCGAGCACUGGUACUUGUACCUCACCGAACCCAACACCUUGCUUACGCCUCCCGCAACUCCCACUGAGUCGGAUGACGAGGGAACCACGGAGACCAAGUUCAUCCAGCUCCCUGAGCGUGCUGCUUUGCGGCGGGCCGUGGACGAUGAGACUUCGGAUGAGACCCUUGAGGUGUUGAUGACAGACCUAGACGAGGAGAAUGCCAAGCAAUUCUACCUGGAGCAUGCCACCAGCGUUGCUGAGAAGCGCUACAGCAACUUUGAUGCGCAUAAAGAGGAUCAUGUAGAUGUGUUCAGCAACACGUCGGACCUCGAUGACGUGUCGCCUUCGGGCAGCGGAAUCCUACCGGCGGAGCUCACUACCGAAGGCCACGCGUUGGGAACGGUUGUGUCCGAGUCCUGCGGUCUGUCAGAAGUGUACCCAAAGGACAAGUACCCUGAGUCGCGCAUUGAUGCCUACCUGUUCACUCCUUGUGGGUUCUCUGCGAAUGGCGUGAUUCCCAGCCCCAACGGCGGCGCCGAGGGAGGCACUCACUACUUUACGGUCCACGUCACGCCCGAGCCGCACUGCUCGUACGCGUCCUUUGAGACCAACGUGCCGCACUCGCAGAACGGCCAGACGACCGCCGGCAUCAUCCAACACGUGGUGAACAUCUUCCAACCCGGCCGGUUCACGUUGACGGUCUUUGAAGCCAAGCCCGGCAUGAAUGGCGAGUGGGACAGCAACAAGGAGGCACGAUACAUCGAGCGACAGGCAGCUCGGCGGGUUCCUAAGGGGGAGCAUGUGGAGGGAUACCGACGGGUAGAUCGGAUCGUGCACGAUCUGGAUGGAUAUGACCUUGUGUUCCGUUACUAUGAACGGCUCGAUUGGAAGGGGGGGGCCCCUCGGCUCGGUGAAGAGUGCGUUUAGGAUGUCCAUAUCAUUGGAUCGUUCCUAAAUUGAUUGUUUUGCAGUCUCAGCUUUGAUCUCUAUUUUAUCGUUGGGGGUCGUGUGGUUUUCGGUCAGUCUUGUUUAUUUAGUUGAUUCCUUCGGAGCAGUUUUUUUUCGUUGGAAUUUAGCGCUGGUUUGUGAAGGUUGCAAGUCGAGUGAGUGAUCUUUAAUUGUAGCGAGAAUAAGAGAUAUUAUAAUUUACAUCUUCUUU